AUGGCUUUGAAGUGGGGACUCGAGGGUGAGGUGAUUAUUGAAGGUAUGAUUCGAAGAAGAGUAGCCACAAAACCGGCGAUGGCUAGAAGGAUGACGUUGAGGAUGAAGUUGAAAAAUUCCAGGUUGGCAAUGAGAGGACAAAUAUUAUCGAUAGUAGCUGCAGAUCUCCCACCUCGUGCUAUUUACCAGUAUUUUUCAGCUAUGACAGGUCGUCGAACAGUUGUGAGGACAGAACGAUCACCAGCAAUUUAUUACACUAGCGAGCAAGUGUCACACUUUACUGAAUAUUUAUUAUCACCAUAUAUCACUACCGAUUUACCGUUUGCAGAAAAAGGCCGAAGCUGA